UUAUGUAUAUCUACUAGUAGUAGUAGUACUGCUAGUCAAAAGCACUGGAGGACACUCUUCUUCUUCUUCUUUCUUUCUUUCUGCUUCGCUUUGUUGUUGGAGUGAGUGAAGAAGACGGCGGCAAUGGCAUUAUACGCACCAAAACAUGCCAAACUCUGCACCUUCGCCGCUUAUUCUAGUAACCUUUGUCGGGUUCAGUGUCUGCUUCACUCCUCCGCGCGAUCCCUGUCCUUUCUCAACUCCACUGCUGCUCCCCCUCUCUUUCCCUAUCUCUCUUUCAACAAGCCCAACUAUCCCCCUUCCUCCUCUUAUUCUCCCCUGUCCGUCACGGCCUCUUCUCCCUCCUCUUCUACCACCCUUGCUCAAUCCCAAGGCCUCAAUAUUAAAUUAAUACCCACCAAGCCGAUCGAAGGUCAAAAAACUGGUACAAGUGGCCUCCGCAAAAAGGUUAAAGUGUUUAUGCAAGAUAAUUACCUUGCCAACUGGAUUCAGGCAUUGUUUAAUUCGUUGCCACCCGAGGAUUAUAAAGACGGAGUCUUGGUUUUGGGAGGUGAUGGUCGAUAUUUCAAUCGUGAAGCCUCUCAGAUAAUUAUCAAAAUUGCUGCAGGGAAUGGUGUUGCUAAAAUAUUGGUUGGCAAGGAAGGUAUAUUGUCUACGCCUGCUGUUUCUGCUGUAAUACGGAAGAGAAAGGCUAAUGGCGGUUUUAUAAUGAGCGCAAGCCAUAAUCCAGGUGGUCCAGACUAUGAUUGGGGUAUCAAGUUCAAUUACAGCAGUGGCCAGCCAGCACCAGAAUCCAUAACUGAUAAGAUCUAUGGGAACACCCUUUCUAUUUCGGAAAUAAAAGUGGCUGACAUUCCUGAUGUUGACCUCACUAGUCUUGGAGUUACAAAGUAUGGGAAUUUUACAGUGGAAGUGGUUGACCCAGUUGCCGACUAUUUGGAGCUUAUGGAGGAUGUAUUUGACUUUUCACUUAUAAGAAGUCUUCUCUCACGCCCUGAUUUCAGAUUUAUCUUUGAUGCAAUGCAUGCAGUCACCGGAGCAUAUGCAAAACCGAUAUUUGUGGACAAGCUGGGAGCUGGCCUUAAUUCUGUUGCUAAUGGAGUGCCACUAGAAGAUUUUGGACAUGGUCAUCCUGACCCAAAUCUGACAUAUGCUAAGGAUUUGGUUAACAUCAUGUAUGGAGAGAAUGCACCUGAUUUUGGAGCUGCAAGUGAUGGAGAUGGUGAUAGGAACAUGAUUCUUGGCGGAGAAUUUUUUGUUACUCCUUCAGAUUCUGUAGCAAUUAUUGCAGCCAAUGCGCAGGAGGCCAUUCCAUACUUUCAGUCUGGUCCUAAGGGUUUAGCUCGAUCAAUGCCGACAAGUGGUGCCUUAGACCGUGUUGCUCAAAAGUUAAAUCUUCCAUUUUACGAGGUGCCCACUGGUUGGAAAUUUUUUGGAAAUCUUAUGGAUGCUGGAAAAUUGUCAAUUUGUGGGGAAGAAAGUUUUGGAACUGGUUCUGAUCACAUUCGUGAAAAAGAUGGCAUAUGGGCUGUAUUAGCUUGGCUUUCCAUUAUUGCUUACCUAAACAAAACAAGAAGGCCAGGAGAACAGUUAAUUUCUGUAGCUGAUGUUGUGAAAAAACACUGGGCCACUUAUGGGAGGAACUUCUUUUCAAGAUACGACUAUGAGGAAUGUGAAUCUGAAGGAGCCAACAAAAUGGUAGAACAUCUUAGGGAUUUAGUUUCUAGGAGCAAGGCAGGUGACAAGUAUGGUAAUUAUGUCCUUCACUUGGCUGAUGACUUCAACUAUACUGAUCCAGUGGAUGGAAGUGUGGCAUCUAAGCAAGGCGUUCGCUUUAUUUUCACUGAUGGGUCAAGGAUCAUAUUCCGAUUAUCGGGUACUGGCUCUGCUGGUGCAACCGUUCGGUUGUAUAUUGAACAAUUUGAGCCAGAUGUCUCCAAGCACAAUUUGGAUGCCCAAGCUGCACUGAAACCUUUGAUUGAUCUGGCACUGUCAUUAUCCAAGCUGAAGGAUUUCACAGGAAGAGAGAAGCCAACUGUCAUUACAUAGCAGAUUUUUGAUGAUUUUGCAUAAGAUUCCGUUGAGUACUAUAUUAAUCAAGGUAGAAUAAUCUUUCUUUCUCCUGGUCCUGAAUACAUGUUGUAAAAUAGUACUUUCUCAUACCGUGCUUUUUAGAGAUACUAAUUUUCACGUGGAAGAUAUAGUUGAAUAUAAUUUAUAUGAGGUAAGAUACAGAUGUUUUGAUGGAAAUAAAAUCUUCCUGCGCUGAUUUAUUAUUCUAUCUUAA